UGCGGCAAUGGCGAAAUCUCAUCGCCGGCGUCGGGCCGCCAGAUCUAUGGGCAAACAUUCUGUCAAGGACCUCAGCAGUUCGAACCGAGACCCCCCCCUAGCCAUGCUGGAAGAAGACGAAGGGAGUCAAUUUGAUUGGCUCAGCAAUUUGCCUGAUGACAUGUUGCUCAAUAUCGUGGAGCGACUUGAUACCGCAGAUGCCACAAGAACCAGCAUCCUCUCCAAACGGUGGAAGCAGAUCCCUAAUAUGCUCUCCAAAAUUCUUAUAAUGGUUGGUCCCACUGACAGCGAUCAAGAUAGGAGCGAUGAUGAUGUUGCUCGGGCCACUGCAACCAUGCUUGCAGCGACCCAGAGCCUUCUGGAACACAGGAGUACAAGUGCUAGUGCAUACCCUAUUCACCACCUGUGCAUGCAUUUCUUCUUGGGAGAUGAAUCCAUUAGAAUUGGCCGGAUUUCUGCCAACACCAUAGCAACACACAAGGUUGGCGUGGCCGAGUUCACAAUCUUGACCGAGAAGGAAGGUAAACGAUGCAGCGCUGAUGAUAGGCUUGCUUACGGCAAGAAGCUCAACUCACUUAUUAACGAUUCUCCAAACGCAUUCAGUUGUCUCACACGACUGAAGCUAGAGAAUUUGACUCUAGGCGAAUCAGAUUUCCCUAAAAUUUUCAGAUUGUGCAAACGACUGGAGUUCCUCCACUUGGAAAACUGUGAUAUGGGGUUUCAAUCCUUGCUGGAGGUGGAACACCAGCGACUCCGCGAGCUUGAGAUUUUCAGGUGUGAUUUUGAGAGGGUUGAUCUGAACUGGCUGCCAGAGCUCACAACCCUGACUAUUUCUUCUUUCACGUCUCUGCAUGAUCCGUUGUCUUGUGGUUAUGUCCCACUGCUCCACACCGUGAGCAUCAGAAAUUCAGCCCUUUCAUGGCAAAAGAUGCUCAAAUUAAGUGAAUUUCUUGGCAAAGCCACUGUAAGCAACUUGACUCUGGGCUUUGAAAAAGAAAAGAUUUGGGUUACACCUGAAGAUCCGAGAGAAUUGUCGCAGGUGUUCAGCAAACUAAGGCUUAUGAAUUUGGCUGCCAUUUCAAAAGAAUGUGAUCUGACUUGGACGAUGUUUGUUCUGCAUGGUGCACCUUCCCUUGAGGAGCUAUGCAUCCGGGUUUGCGAUUGUUUUGGGGUGUGGGACAAAGAUGAGAGAGAGAAGUUUGGGUAUAGCGAGGAGAGGAAGGAUGUCGGUGCAAAAUGGGAAGCAUAUGAUUUCAAGCAUUGUAAUCUCGCUGUGCUUAGGAUCUUCGGGUUUCAGUCCAAAGACAAAUUUUUGAAUUAUGCAAAAGCUGUCAUUAAAGCAGCAGUCAAUCUGAAAGACAUAUACCUGCAUGAGAAGCCAGCGUGCAAGGUGGGGUGCAGCCGGCGAAGUAAGAAAUACCCGCGGUCAACGAUGGAGAAGAACUUCGUUAGGAGCAGUUUGAGCAUGCAUACGCAUCCGCUUUUAAGGCUUCACUUCUCCUUAUAAGAAACUAAAUAAUGAAGUUUUGCUUCUGCUGGAUGAGAAAUGUGUUAUGUUUAGUUAUGUUAUCGUAUCUUCACAUACAUAUUGUCGACUGAACAUUUUGG